AUGAGUCGAUAUGUACCUCCAGCGGCGUCAAAUUUCCAUAAUCAAGAAGUUUAUUUGGAGAGGUUGGCUAAGGAAGUAGACGGAGUCUCUAAAAUGGCGACUUAUAAAUUGCUACAUCCAGCAAACUUUCUACGAACUGACAUUCGAGAAGCAAAAGUCGCAAAUGGAAUACAUUUGCCAGUUGUUCCUGGAAAGAGGUUACUGCAUGUGUUAGAUAUGACAACUGAAAGACGGGCGUAUAUGCUGUCACGUUUUCGUGCAAAUAUGCAUUCAUUCUGUGAAAACCGAGCUGGAAUCAGCAAUGUUCGUCACACCGAUCCGCCAGUGAUGGUUUCAGGUCAGUAUUACUCUGUUCACCAGAAUGACAGUCAUCCAGGGGAAUAUUCAUGA